GUGGCUGGACUCCUCCAGAUCACUGAUGGAGCAGGAUGUGAAGGAGAACGAGGUUCUUCUGCUCCGGUUCAAGUAUCACAGCUUCUUUGACCUCAACCCAAAGUAUGAUGCCAUCAGGGUGAACCAGCUGUAUGAGCAGGCCAAGUGGGCCAUCCUGCUGGAGGAGAUCGAAUGCACCGAGGAGGAGAUGAUGAUGUUCGCCGCCCUGCAGUACCACAUCAACAAGCUGUCCAUCAUGUCUUCAGACAAUCACAUGAACAACAGUGAGAAGGAGGUCGAUGAGGUUGAUGCCGCUCUGUCAGAUCUGGAGAUCACUCUCGAGGGAGGAAAGACGUCCAACACGCUGGUACUGCAACACAUGCACUCUCAU